GCCUGUCGUUUCUGUCACAUCGUCAGCAGUGAUAUAGCUUCAUUGGCUCUCCGACUAAGGCCCGUCAGCAGUCAGCGUGCUCGGAAACCUGGACACCAAACUGAGUGUUGCCGCCAGGCGAGGAGAGGACGCGGCUACAUCCUGAGAUCAAUACCUGAUGCCUGCUCGGAUUCGCAUAGGCUGAUACGAGGCACUUCAAGAUGUCACCAUCACCAACAUCCGUUGCAGUAGUCAGUGCUAGCUCCAGCCAGCUCGCUAAAGCUGUCAAGGCGCUCUGGACUCAAAAAGCGAGCAGAGACAAACAAAUAGCGUCUCCGGCACUGGAUGUUGAAGCGCAAGUCGAUGAUGUCCUUCUGGUUCUAGCCCUUAUCGGUGAAGCACUCAUACCGCUCAAUGUCUUUGACGACGCCUACUAUCAAGCAACCUACUUCGAGGUUCAGACUGCUAUUGCCAGCUGCGGCCAUCAAAAAGUUCAGGAACUCUUCGAAUCGCUCGCGGACGAACUCAAAUACUUGGUGACUGCGGGUCUGACCAUUUGCGCGGUGUUCGCUCCGAUGCACGUCUACCGUGGCUUUGGUGCUUGUGUCUUCGGAGACUGGAAUUGGGCCUGUCCAGAUUUUGAAUUCCUCGACAAGAAGGUCAAGAAGGAGACCAGCCUGUUCGCAAAGAAGCCUGAUCCUCAGCCUAAUAGGCCUGUACUCCUUGCAUUCGAUCGAGCUCUGCAGGUGCUUCAGGUAAAACCGAUGGCAUUUCUGGCCAAGCGUCCGUCGAUAUCUUCUUUCGCUGAGCAGCAACCACGUUACAAACCACUGCCGAAGAAGGAAAUCCAGCAUGCCCUCUCCGACUGCGAAGACUUCGGCAAGGAGCUCGACAAGAGAGGCCACCCUGCACCUCCAGGCCAAAAGAUUUCGAGUUGGGGGUUGCCAUGGGCAGGCUGGACAAGUACAUUCAGCUGCCAGCUGACCAAAAACUGGGAAUUAGCGAUGUUUCAUCAAAUGGAUCCUGGACGCCUCUUGCACGCAUUUCUUUGUCGAGGCAGUCUCAACCUUCACCCGGGAGAACUCAUUAUUUUGCCACCAGCCACCCCAGCCGAGUCUCUGGUGUCAUGGUUGGCCAAUAUGCCUGGCUUCACGCACAAGAUCAUCGGCUGGGAUGCAUUAAUGACGAGUGGGUUUGAGAAGAAGAUUGGCAAGAAGAUGACGAAAAAGAUUGGCCACUAUCCGCUGCCCAGCAAAUACGUUCACUCAGCGACGAAACUCUCGGAGACCGGACUUUCCCGCAAUCUGAGAAAGCAAAUGGCAUCGUCGAAGCAGAUAGCGAAGGAGUACAAGCUGGACCAAGCAGGCUUGUAG